AUGCAAGCAGCUAACAGACUUCAAAAAGCUCUCAAGAGCGGGAAAUCAAGCUUUGGAGGAUGGCAGAUGCUUCCAGGCUCGAAUCUAAGUAGAGCAAUCGCUCGAACCCCGAACAUCGACUGGAUCUGUGUCGAUUGCGAGCACGGUGACAUCUCCGAUGAUCAAAUGCAUCAGAGCGUUGCUGCUAUUGCUGCUUGCGGCGUUAGUCCCGUGGUCAGAGUGGCAGAUGGCCAGCAUUGGAUGAUCAAAAGAGCACUGGAUGCUGGUGCACAUGGUAUCAUCGUUCCUCUCCUUCAGACCGUCGAAGACGCGAAUAAUGUGGUCAAGUUCAGCAAGUUCCCACCUCAAGGCAAUAGAGGCCUUGGAUCACCAUUCGCGAUGGAGAAGUUCGCGGAGCAGGUUUCGAAUCCGAAGGAGAUCUCUCUUCAACAGUACUACAGGGAGGCCAACUCCAGCAUCGUAGUCAUCGUCCAGAUCGAAACGGCAUCUGCGCUGGACCAGAUCAAAGACAUCGCCGCAGUGCCUGGAAUCGAUGUGUGCUUCAUCGGGCCCGUGGACUUGGGGAACUCGAUCGGUCAUCCUGCUGAAUCGAUCGGAAAGUACCCUCCCAAGCUGGAGGAGGCCAUUGAAGCCGUACAUCAAGCCACGCAAGCAGCAGGCAAAUGGACGGCGAUAUACACGGUAGGAGGCGAAUCGGCGAAGUCGUACGCUGAUCGGGGGUUUAAUAUGGUCAAUACCAUGAAUGAUGUUGCUGCCAUUCGGAUGACGUUUGGACAAGCGAUGGAGGUAGCGAGGAAAUGA